UACUCCUCCUCUUUCUCCUCUGCCUCAUCCUCCUUCUCUUCUAUCUUUGCAGUUUUCUACAUUGCCACUUUUUAAACAUUUUUUCCUUUUUUUAAUGAAUCACUGUGAGAUAAAGUUACAGAUUUACAAACUUUCCUGAUUAUGUUUCAGCCAUAUGAUGAUUGAGAACCUAUCCCUCCACCAAGCACCAUUCUCCACCAUCAAUUUUCCCUAUAUCCUUCCCACCUAUUUUCCCACACCUCUGUGGCAGGCACAUUCCCAUUUACUCUAUCUUCUUUUGGGUGUUAUGGUUUGCAUUAUAGGUAUUAAGUGACCACCAAGUUUGGUCUAUUGUCCACUUUCAUCAUGUAUCUCCCAUCCUGUGCAUGCCCUCCAAACAUCAUUUAUUUAGUGGUCCUUUCUCAAUCCCAGCUGCCUUUUUCCCCAGGAUGUGAGGCUGGUUUCCAAGCUGUGGAGCGAUCCUUCUGGUCCUUACCUCUACUAUCCUUGGGUGUUAGUCUCCCAUUAUAUUCUUUACUUUAUAUUCCACAAAUGAGUGGAGUCAUUCUAUGUCUGUCCUUCUCUCUCUCACUCUGACUCAUUUCACUUAGCAUGAUACUUUCUAUGUUGAUCCACUUAAUUACUUUGCCUCUAAAACCAUUCUUUAAAAAAAUUUUAAGCACCCCAUAGCCUACUCUCUCGGGAUGUUAUUGAAUUGCAGUUUCCUUCUCAAGAUUCAUGCUCAUAUUUCCACAUAAUAUCUCCAGACUGACCACAGUUGCAUAAUAUCAUGACCGUUGGACUUAGAGAUUGUUUGAACUUAAUCAUAAUGUGAAUAUUACAAUCAAUCAAGUAACCUCCAACUGUGGAUACCACAUUCCUCCAAAGACAGGCAACCAGAAUGUCUGGUGAAAAUAAAAGGAUUAAUGGUGUACUUUUUCCCACUGUGGUUUUCACACCUGCUUUCAUGACAGAAGAGUGGCAUAAUUUUUUGUUUACGGAUGAAGAUGUCUUGCUGCUAACCUACCCUAAAUCAGGAACAAACUGGAUGAUAGAGAUUCUUUCCCUGAUUCGUUCCAAAGGCGAUCCCAAGUGGAUUCAAUCUGUGCCAAUCUGGGAUCGUUCCCCCUGGAUAGAGACAGACGAAGGGUUUAAGGUAUUAAAGGAUCAGAAAGGCCCACGAUUUAUAUCUUCCCACCUUCCAAUCCAAUUUCUGCCCAAGUCAUUCUCCAAUGCCAAAGUGAAGGUGAUUUAUGUCAUUAGAAAUCCCAGAGAUGUUAUUGUGUCUGGACAUUUGUUCUGGAAAGGCUUAAAAUAUGUUCAAGCAGCAGAAUCAAUGGAACAAUAUUUUGAUUGGUUCCUCGAAGGAAAUGUCCCCUACGGAUCGUGGUUCGACCAUAUUCAUGGCUGGAUGUCCAUGAGAGGUCGGGAUAACUUCCUGCUGCUGAGUUAUGAAGAGCUGAAAAGGGACAAAAGAAACAGUGUGCAGAAGAUCUGUCGAUUUCUGGGCAUGGAAUUAGGACCAGAAGCCCUGGAUUCAGUCCUCGAGAAUUCUUCCUUCCAGGCUAUGAAAGACAACAAGAUGUCCAAUUAUUCUCUUGUGGAUGGUGUUGCUAUUGAUCUAAAGACAUCAACCAUGAUGAGAAAAGGUGUAUCUGGAGACUGGAAAAAUCACCUCACAGUGGCACAAGCAGAAACCUUUGAUGAAAUAUACCAGGAGAAGAUGAAAGAUCUUCCUUCAGAGCUGUUCCCAUGGGAAUGAAGUUCUAGAUUGUUCUGGAUCUCACAUAGAUGUUGAUCAUCGUUCAGUCUUUGCAAAAGUGCAUGCCAGGGGGAUGAUUGUUUAUGAUAAUUCAUUUCUCCCUGGUAUCCUGAUGAACUAUUCAUUGCAUCUUGGUGACGUUGCUUGCAUUGAUUUGUGUACUGCUCGGCAUAUAAUGCAACCCACUUUGAAAAAAGAAAUAUGGAUGGAUGUUUCUUAAAUGGAUAAAAUAU